AUGACGGAUAAUAAAGAGGACAAUCUAAAAGAAUUCAAUCCGAAUUCGAAAUUCGGGAAUCUAAGUGUUCCAUCGUUUAAUUUUUCAAGUAUGAACUGGACGAGAAGGGAGUAUAUUUUAGGUGGUGUUUUAACUGCUACGCUAUUGAUAAUGUUCAUUUUAGCAGGAUUUCUCGGUGCAGCACAUAAUAAAACGGUCCCCAAAACCUGUAAUAACGCAAGAUGUCUGGAAAUGGCAGCCUAUGUAGCCUAUACAAUGAAUUCUUCAGUCGAUCCUUGUACAGAUUUCUACCAAUAUGCUUGUGGUACCUAUUCAUCCUUCAAAUAUCUCGAACCAGAUCAUACCUCCAGGACAGUUAUGGACGAUGUUUACCAUAGAAACGAAGACAAGUUAAGAAAUCUUUUGGAAGCUCCAACAAAACGUUCUACUGAGUGGGCAGCUGAACUUAAGUUAAAAGACUUAUUUAAUUCUUGUUUGGAUGAUUAUCUCAAAGAACGGCGUCGUGGGCGUCCAUUUAUUGAGAAGAUUUUACCUAAAAUGGGUGGUUGGUAUGUUUUAAAUAGUUGGGAUUCCAAUCAAUUCGACCUCAACAGCAACUUAAAGACAGUGCAGACAGAUUUGUGGGUAGCAGCUUUUUGGACCAACAGUGUUGGUUUUGAUUGGAAAGACUGGGACAAAAAUGUUGUUCAGCUGUACCCAGCAGGAUCCGGAAAAUAUAUGAGUUGGAGUUAUUAUACCAGAACUGAUAACCAAAAGGUAAAAGAUGAUUAUAAGAAAUUCAUGAGAAGACUAGCAAAUUUAAUAGCCCGAGAUUCUAAACUGAACAUACCAGAUAUAGACUCUAGAAUAGAAGAUUUUGUUAGUGAUGCUUUUACUAUGGAAACCAAGUUAGCUGAGUUAUAUAAAAGAUCAGCAGUCAACAGAGACAGAUUUGAAACAUCAAGUAGAAUAACAUUAAAUGAUUUAAAAAUUAAUUCAGGCAAUGUGCAAUUUUUCUCUUUGUUGGUGAUCCGGGUUGACGAAAUUGGUAUGGAAGAAGUACCUCAUCGUUUAGAUUGGUCCCAUGAAUCUAAGGGUACAACGUACACAGCUGUCUUGGAACAUUGCCCUAAUGGUGUAAUUGAUUGGGUGGCUCAGAUGCAGUAUGAAUUUCCUAAUGCUUUAACUAAAGACUCGUCAGUUAUUCUAUAUAAGAAAGAUUUUAUUUUCGGUUUGGGUAGUUUGGUUAAUAAUUUAGAUAGUGGCACCAAAAAUAGAAUGUUACAUAAUUAUUUCAUCUGGAGAUUAUUGGAAUCCUAUGCGACACAUCUAUCAUGGGAAUAUGUACAUGCUAACAGAGAGUACUAUGUUGAUAUCCGAGGACAAACUGAAUUCCUCGGCACAUGGAAAUACUGUUACCAAUAUAUCGACAAGAAAAUGCCAGAAGCUUUAAGUUCUCUUUUUGUUAGAGAUCAUUUUGCUGAUAAAAAUCGUGAUAAGGCAAAAGAAAUAACAGACUAUGUAACUAAGGCAUUGAUAUCAGAAAUAGAUGAUAACAAAUUCCUGGAUAGCGCCACUAAAAAGAUAGCAAAAUCAAAGUUAGCAAAAACAGUGUAUAAAAUUGGUUAUCCUGAUUUUAUGUUGAGUGCGGAUAAACUUGAUAAAAUAUAUUCUUCGUUAGCUAUCAACAGAACAGAUUAUUUCCAGAACAUUAUGAAUGUUAAUCAGUUUGAAAAAGUCCAUUAUGAUAAUGAGUUAGCUGGCGACGUAGAUAGAACUAAAUGGGUUUACAAUGUGUACGAUACCAGUAUGGCGGUCUUAUUUUACUGGAACGAAAUAAUAGUCCCAGCGGGAUUUUUACAGUCGCCAUUAUACGACUAUAAGAAUCCUCAUUACGCUAAUUUUGGAUCGAUGGGUUCUCUUAUAGGACAUUUUAUGACUAAUAUGAUUGACGAGAGAGGUCGGUAUUGGUCAGAAAAAGGAAAAUGGACGCCACAGACUUGGUGGACUAAUGGUACUAAAACUAACUAUGCUUCUGUGAAACAGUGUGUUUUGAACUACUAUACUAAUAAAACACAGGGACCCUAUAUAGCUCCAGAUGGUACUUCAGAAAUGAUUCCAAUUAAAGCUAAGUGGUAUGCUAGACGAGCUAUAUCCUAUACUACUGGUAUUAAAUUAGCUUUGAAGGCAUAUAGGAAAUGGGAAAGUGAUAAUGGUGUAGAGCCACUUUCUCCGGUUCUAGGUUUAACAAACGAUCAGAUGUUCUUUGUGGCCCAAGCACAGUCAUAUUGCUAUAAUAGAAAAAAUGCAGCGGCAUAUUCCAAUGCGGUUAGAGGUCGUGUUGAAGAAGACGUUAGAACCAACUUAGCUAUGAGUCAAAUAUCUGAAUUUACUAGAGCUUUUAAAUGUAAACCUGGUAGCCAAAUGAAUGCCCCUAGCAAAUGUGCAUAUUAUUAG